AUGUCACAAUACAACGUUUUUGCUGGAGAGGACAGUGAGGACGAAGAUAAAUUAAAAGAUGAAGCCCUCACUGAUUUUGAUAGCGAUCUAUUCAAGAGAAAAGAGAAGGAUAGAGAAGUUAAUAGACUAGUUAUACCUUCACAAGCUAACGUUGAUUGGAGGGAGAAGAAAUCCAAGUCACAGCGAUACAGACCGAAUCAAGAGCAGCAAAACGUUCAAACUAUUACACAGGAGAAGUUAAAUGAUGCACCAGAGCGUGCUGGUUUGCAAACUGCCGAUCCUUCUGUCAAAAGGGAGAAAAAUAUCGACAUUGAUGAUAUAGAACAACCUAAAGAUCAAUCUAAAGAAACGCACGAAAGCUUAGAUGAUAAAGCACUCAAAUCACUCCUCAAUAACGAGAAACAUGAUGAAAAAGGAGAAGAAAUUGAUGCCAUCCCGAUGACCGCACCUGGUUUAUCUGAUUCAGAUGCCUUCAAAGCGGACGUCGCUGCAAGAGCUGAUGAAAGUACAAUAGAUGAAUAUGAACGCGUACCUGUUCAUCAAUUUGGAGCAGCUUUGCUUCGUGGUAUGGGUUGGAAAGAAGGAACAGCGGCCUCACGUACUAGAACUGGACCAACAGAGCCUUAUUUACCGGACAGUAGGCCUGCCCUCUUAGGUAUUGGUGCCAGCGCACGUCCUACCAACGAUAGUGACAAGAAAACCGCUAGUAGAGACUUCAAGAUUAGAAAGCAAGAAAUGACGACAUAUAGACCUCUAACAAAGCAGUCAAGACAGUCUUCAUCAUCGAGUGUCAGUAAAUCACAGAGAUCACCUUCACCACCUAGUAGAGAACUUGAGAAAAUGAGAACGUACUCAUCUAGUAGCAGGGACUAUGAUAGAGAUAAAAAGCCAUACGACAAACGCGAUGACAGAUAUUAUAGUCGACGUUACGAUGAUAGAAGGGAUGAUAAGCGAUACGGUGGUAGAGAUGACUAUAAGCGCAGUGAUAGACGUUACGAUGAGAGACGCUAUGAUGAAAAGCGAUACGACAGUAGAGAAUAUGAUCGUAAGAAGUAUUACUAAUGUAGCAUAACUGUAAAUCAAUGAACCUAAUAAUGCAUAAUUAAGUAGAAC